AUGAUAAGGGUUACCCAUACGGGUUGUUACAUGGGGGUGACCAUGGGCACUGAAUAUGAAAAAGAUCAUAUCAAAAAGCUGCAGGAGCAGCGUAUGUCCAUGCAAAAGAAAACCUUCACCAACUGGAUGAACAAUGUCUUCUCCAGGAAUAAGGUAAAGAUUGAGAUAGAAGAUAUUUACACAGAUUUGAAGGAUGGUAUCCCUCUCAUGAAACUACUGGAGCUGCUCUCUGGAGAAGCUUUGCCCAAACCAAACCGGGGAAAGAUGAGAGUGCAUUUUCUAGAGAACAACAGCAAAGCCAUCACAUUUCUGAAAUCCAAGGUACAAAUAAAAGUGAUUGGUCCUGAGAAUAUCGUAGAUGGUGACAGAACCUUAAUCCUGGGCCUUAUCUGGAUCAUCAUACUUCGAUUUCAGAUUUCGUCCAUCAAACUUGAUAAGGAAGAAUUUGGACUCAGAGAGGUUGCACUAUUUGCCAAUGAAGCCUUAUUACUCUGGUGUCAGCAUAAAACUGCCAGGUAUUCCAAUGUGAGUGUGACGGACUUCUCCAAAAGCUGGAGUGAUGGGCUGGCCUUCAAUGCUCUCAUACAUGCUCACAGGCCUGAUCUUAUCAACUACAGCUCACUGCGGCAGGACCAGCCCAUUAAAAACCUGAACAAUGCCUUUGAGAUUGCCGAGAAAGAGUUUGGAAUCGGCAAACUGCUUGAUGCUGAGGAUGUGGCAGUGCCCUAUCCAGAUGAGAGAUCCAUCAUGACUUACGUGUCACUCUACUACCACUACUUCUCCGAGCUGAAACACACCCAGACAAUGCAAAAGAGGCUAAACAACAUCAUUUUCAUGCUGUGUGAGACAACGGAGUCGACGCAUCAGUAUGAGCAGAUGGUCUCUGACCUCCUGAGAUGGAUUAAACAGAAGGUGGUGGAGCUGGAUGACCGUCAUUUCCCCAACUCUCUUCAGGAAAUGUGGCUGCUCAUGGCCAACUUUAAAACCUUCCGCACUGUGGAGAAACCCCCCAAGUACCAAGAGAAGGGCAUGAUUGAGGCUCACCUCUUCAACAUCAGGACCAGGCAGAGAGCCAACAACCAACGGCCAUACUUGCCCCCAGAGGGCAAGAUGCUGCAGGAUGUGGAAAAGCACUGGACCAUCCUGGAAAAGUCAGAGCACAACCGAGGAAAAGCACUGCAAGAGGAGAUGCUGAGGCUGGAAAAGCUGGAACAGCUAGCCCAGAAGUUCCUGAAGAAGGCAGCUCUGCGUGAGUCCUACUUGGAAGACAUGAGGAAGGUGAUUGGGAAGCAGGACUUCUGGCCAGAGAGUGUGGACAGGAUGGAGGCUGCCAGUAAGAAGCUGGAAGCCAUUGUGGCAGAUGUACUGCCCAGGAGGGAACGCUUCGCAGCCCUGGACGAAAUGGCCACUGUCAUCAGCCAGGAGAACUACCAUGGCAAAGAUCAAAUCCUGCAGAAGCAAAAGAGCAUUUCAAAGCAAUGGCAGGAUCUCCUGGAUCAGCUGCGGAGACGAGAGCAGUCCCUGGGAACCAUGCAGGAAAUUCUGGGCCUCCUGAGGGACAUAGAUGCCAUUACAGAGGAGCUGAAAGAGCUGCAGGUGCUAGUGAAUUCCCAGGACUGUGGGAAGCAGCUCCUGGAAGUAGUAGAUUUGCUGCAGAAUCACAACUUGGUUGACUCUCAGAUCUCUUCCUAUGAUGGCAGAUUGACACACAUCACCCAGAGGACAGCAGAAAUCAGCAAGGACAGCACAGUUAAAUCAGAAUUGCUUCAUGCAAAAGUUCAGAUGCUUCGUCAGCUGUACCAGAACCUCACAGCUCAGAGCAAGUCACGUAAAUCUCAGCUGGAAGAGGCCUUGAAGCUUUUUGAAUUCUUCCGUGACUGCAAAGAGGAAGAAUCGUGGAUCUCUGAGAAGUGGAAGCUGGCAAGAAUGACAACAUUAGGGAAAGAUGUCAGCCAGAUCACAGCCUCUAUUCAGAAGAACAAGGCUCUUGAAGCAGAGUGCAACUCACACCGGGCCGUAUGUGCAGAUGUGAUGAGGAGGGGCUGGGAGCUCAGCCAGAAGAACCCCAUGCGCCAGGAGGACAUCCUGAGGCAGACAGACCACCUCCAGAAGCUGUGGCAGCAGCUCCAAGACGAGGUGGCCGAUCGCAAAAGCCGCCUGCAGGCAGCAGCCCUCAUCAAACAGUACUUCGCUGACAUCGACGAGGCGAGCUCGUGGCUGCGGGAGAGGCAGCCCCUCCUGGCCAGCAGGGACUAUGGCAAGGAUGAAUCCAGCGCCGAAGCGCUGCUGCACCGCCACCUGCGCCUGCAGACGGAGAUUGCCGCCUACUCCAGCGAGAUGAGGCGCCUCAGAGAGCAGGCUGACGCUGCAGCGCAGCAGGCUCCAGCUGCGAUGACGAAGAGGGAAGCCCCAAGUGACUUAAACCAAAAGACAACUAGGCUACCAUUCAGUCGAACCUGGGCAAUAUCUGAAAUUGCAUCCACUGGAACCUCAAGCCUGGAUGAUCAUUUUCUUCCAGAGAAUAUCUGGAAGACUCAAGAAGAAAUAGAUUCACUUUAUGGACAUCUACAGAGCAUGGCUGAGAACAGAAAAAAGGCUCUGGAGGAGAUGAUUGGAUAUUAUCGCUUCUGUAGCUCUUGUGAAGAAUUUCAGUCAUGGAUGAGAGAUAAAGAGAACAUUUUCCGCACUCUUCAGCCUCAAGCAGACAAUGUGGAGGUCAUGCAGCAGAAAUAUCAGAGAUUUUUAAUGGAACUGGCUGCAGGCAAAGGCCAGCUGGAAGACAUUGAAAACUUAGCUGCUAAAUAUGGAAAGACCAGUCCCAGCAAAUAUUUUGAGAUCCAGACCUGGAUGGAAGAAAUCAACAUCAGAUGGCAAUCAAUGGAAACACUGAAGGAGGAGAAAGGCUCUGAGCUGAUUGGAGUGGCUGAUGUGAGGACGUUUCUUCAGGACUGUCAGAGCAUAGGAGUGCUACUGCAAAACAAGAUGGUCCAACUCAGGGAUCUGGAACCAGGGAACUUGCCUGCUGGACUGGAGUCAGACAAGCGCAAACUGUACACAAUUGAGAGAGAGGUCCUGGUGACUGAGAGGAAAAUUGAAUACUUGAGGAGUGUUGCAAAAUCGAUCAAGGACACCAACCCUGCAGAGAGCAGGGCCAUCACUGAGCAGGUAGAAAACAUGGAGAGGCUCCUGGCCAAGCUCAAGCUGGAGAUCCAGAAGAAGAGGGACAUUCUGCAGUGGGCCCAAAACCAACAGUCCUUCCUGCAAGACAGCCGCAGGCUCCUGCUGUGGGCAGAGGGCAUUCGGGAGAAGCUGAGCAGUGAGGAAAUGGGUCUGGACGUGGGAUCUGCAGAGCAACUGCUGAAGGAACACCAAGACCUGCUGAUAGAAAUUGGCUCUCAGAAUGAAAGAUUUCUGCAGCUGGAAGAGCUUGGGCGCAAAGUAAUCCAACAACAACCCAGUAACAGCAGGAGCAGAGAUGUCCACCAGACCAUGGAGAGACUUGCCAAGGAGAACCAAGAGCUGGAGGAAAAGUGGGAAAAGCGAUGGAAAAGGCUGCAGGAUGGGCUGGAAUUGCAGAAGUUCAACAGGGAGGGGGAUCGUAUCAAUGCAGCCCUCUCUGGCCACGAGGCUUUUCUCCGGGGGGAUGACCUUGGGGACCAUGUAGAUGCUGUUCGAAGCCUGCUGAAGCAACAUCAGGAAUUUGAACAACUGCUGAUGGCACUGAAGAGACGAGUGGAAGCACUCAAUGCAAACGGGGUGAACCUGCUAGAGAGCAGGCACUUUGCAUCUCAUGUUAUUGAAGAGAGAAUGGCCACUCUCCGGAGAAGGUGGGAGCAGCUGAUACAAAGCAAUGCCAAGAGAAAACAGAGGUUGCUGGAUUCCCUACAACUACAGGAGUUUAACCGUGAUGCUGCUGAGCUUUUGAUAUGGAUGGAAGAGAAGUACAAGAUUGCAUCAGAUGAAUCAUAUCGUGACCCAACAAAUGUUCUACGCAAGCUGAAGUGGCAUGAAGCUGCUGAGAGGGAAAUGUUGGCUAAUGAGGAGCACUUUGCAACACUGAUAAAGAAAGGAAAUCAGUUGAUUCAAGACAACCACUACGCUGCAGAUUCUGUCCAGGAUAAGAUGUCAGAGCUUCAAAAGAAGUGGAGGGAAUUGUAUGGCAAGAUGAUAGAGCGAGGUGACAAACUGAGGCAAGCUGGACAGCAGGAACAGCUCAUGGAACUGCUGCAGGAUGCCAAAAAGAAGAUAGAAAAAAUUGAGAAAGUUCUUCAGGAGUCGGAGACAGGCCAUGACUUGCGCUCCAGCCGUGAUCUGCUCAAGCAGCACAGGCAGCUGGAAAAUGAGACACGUGAGCUGGCAGAGAAAAUGAAUGCCAUUGUAUCUCAUGCAAGGAAAAUGGCCACCAAUCACUUUGACUCCCAGAGGAUCCUGGAUGAAACACAGAAAUAUCUGAAAAGGUUUGAGUCUUUGCAAGCACCUCUUUACGAGAGGCGUAAGUUGCUGGAAGCUGCUGUGGGUCUUUAUGAGUUCUACCAUUAUCACGACAUGGAACUGAACUGGAUCAAUGAGCGCCUGCCCAUUGCCCACUCCACCAACUGCGGGAAGUCCUUGGAUGUGGCUCAAAACCUCUUGCAAAAGCACAAGGAACUGCAGGCAGAGGUGAAUGCCCACAAACAGCAAGUCCAGCGGGUCCUGGAUAAAGGAAAGACAAUGAUUGUAGACCAGCACCCAUCAGCUCAGAAAAUAAGUGAGAAAUGCCAGGAGCUUGUGACUGCCUGGCAGGGCUUGGAGAAGUCCUGUGAGGAAAGGAUGAAGCAGCUGCAGCACUCAGUUGGCUUCCAGGAGUUCUUAAUGAAUACUUCAGACCUGGAGGCUUGGAUAGCAGAGAAAUAUCCAUUUGUGACGAGCAAAGACUACGGUAAAGACGAAGAUGGAACACUGAAACUCAUCAAGAAACAUAAGGCACUGGAGCAUGAGAUUGCCAUUUACCAAGAUUUGUUGAAAGAACUGAGUGAAAGUGCCCAAACUCUUCCUCUUGUGGGCUCCACCCAGUAUGUUGAGGUUGAUGCACCAAAGGAACAAGUCCAUUCAAGACUCCAGGAGUUACAGGAGCUAGCAGCAGCAAGAGGGAAGAAGCUCGAUGAAACUCUUGUCUUGCAUGAGUUUCUACGAGAAUAUGAAGAUCUGGAAGACUGGAUCACUCAGCAGAAACAAACAGCCAGCUCUGAAGACUAUGGAAAUGAUUAUGAACAUGUUUUGCAACUUUGUGCCAAAUACGACACAUUCCGACUCCAGUUGGAAGCAGCUGGGAAAAGAGUUGUGGCUUUCCAGGAGCUGGCAGACAACUUGCUGAAUCGAGGGUAUUCUGAGUCCUGGGAAAUUCGACAGAUGCAGAAACAACUAAGGAACUCUUGGGAGGAGCUGUUGGAAAUGACCAGAUUACGAGGUGAGCGGCUGAGAGAUGCUGAGGAGAUUCACAAGUGUUACCAAGAUCUGACAGAUGCUCUGGCCCAUAUUGAGGAGAAGUCCAAAAGUAUUCCAGACGAUGUUGCUAAGGACAUGAGAGGUGUGCAAACCCAGCUUCGGAUCCAUGUGGCCUUGGAGCACGAGCUCUCUGGGAAUGAGCAGCAGCUGCAGGAGCUGAUCCACUCUGCAGACGAUGUGCUGCCCCAGUGCUCCAAGAAGCAGGUGGAAGAGCUGAAGGCAGAGCAGCAGGCAAUAGUGACCAACUGGAAGGCCCUGAAGUCCAAAGUGGGGCAGCGCAGGAGGCUCCUGGAACAAGCCCACAAGCUUUAUGAGUUUCAGGCUCACGUGUGGGACUAUUUCUUAUGGACAGCAGAAAUAAUAAGGGAAAUGAGAGCCAAGGAGUCUAUUCGGGACAUAUCUACCAGCAGCCUGAGACUCACCCAGCACCAGCAGCUGCUGGCAGAGAUGGAAGCACGAGAAGAGAAGUACAGUCAUGUUGUACAGCUGGGAGAGUCCCUCUUGCAAGAUGAGGAAAUGCCAUCAAGAGAGGUGUGGGACUAUUUCUUAUGGACAGCAGAAAUAAUAAGGGAAAUGAGAGCCAAGGAGUCUAUUCGGGACAUAUCUACCAGCAGCCUGAGACUCACCCAGCACCAGCAGCUGCUGGCAGAGAUGGAAGCACGAGAAGAGAAGUACAGUCAUGUUGUACAGCUGGGAGAGUCCCUCUUGCAAGAUGAGGAAAUGCCAUCAAGAGAGAUUCAGCAGAAGCUACAGGCUUUGUCGGAAGAGAAGAAAAAUGUAUACGAUGCAUGGAGACAGAAGAAGGAGUGGCUGGAGAAAAUACACCAAGAACAAAUGUUCUACAAGGAUUGGGAUCACCUUGACAUGCUCCUGAACUCACAGGAGGUUUAUUUGAAAAGCAGUGACCUCGGAAGAUCUGUAGAUGAAGUGGAACAACUGAUCAGGAAACAUGAGGCUUUUGAGAAGCUUCUGGCAUCACAGGAUGAGAAGAUGAUGUCUCUUCAAGAGCAGGCAAGCAGGCUGGGAAAGGCUGAUGGACUGGAAGGGCAAAAGAUUCAGCACAAACUGGAUGUCAUUCAUGAGAGGAAGCGUCAGAUCAAGGAUCUAUCCCAGAGCAGGAGAGAGAAGCUGCAGACUGCCCUUCUUCUGGCACUUUUCUACCAAAAUUUGGAAGAGGCAGAAGAUUGGAUCAGUGAGCGCAUGCAGAAGCUGGAGGAUCCUUCCAUACAAGACCCCAGCAAUCUGCAGGACAAGAUGAAGCUGCUGCAGAAACAUCAGGUCUUUGAGGCAGAGAUUCUAGCAAAUGAAGAAAUCAUCACAGCUGUUAAUAAGAAAGGAGAAGCCCUGGUGUCAAAAGGCCACCCAAAGUCAGGAGAGAUCCGUCGCCAAGUCCGCACGCUUCAGGAGCGCUGGGAGAAGCUGAAGAGAGCUGUUGCUGCUCGUGGAAAGAUGCUGGAGGACAGUCGGGACUUCCUAGAAUUUCUGCAGAAGGUGGACCAGGUGGAAGCCUGGAUCAGGGAGAAGGAGGUCAUGAUUAAUGUAGGUGAUGUGGGAAAUGACUAUGAACACUGCCUGCAGCUCAAGAAAAAGCUGAAUGAGUUCCGUGGAGCAACAUCAGGGUCUACAGUGGACGAUGCUCACAUCAGGGCUAUCAAUGCCCUGGCCAUGAAACUGGAGAGACAGAACAAGGAAGAAACAAAGACAAUCUAUGAGCGCAGGAAGCAGCUCAAUGAGAAGUGGAACAGUUUUCAUGGUAACCUGAAUGCAUACAGGAAGAAGUUAGAGGGAGCCCUAGAGAUUCAUGCCUUAAUCAGGGAAAUAGAUGACAUCACAGAAAGAAUUACUGAGAAGAGUGUAUUGAUGCAAGCACUGGAUUAUGGAAAAGACGUGGAAAGUGUGGAAAACCUGAUUCGAAGACAUGAAGAAAUGGAGAGAGAAAUCAGUGUUAUUAAGUCCAAAAUGGAGAGUGUAUUGAUGCAAGCACUGGAUUAUGGAAAAGACGUGGAAAGUGUGGAAAACCUGAUUCGAAGACAUGAAGAAAUGGAGAGAGAAAUCAGUGUUAUUAAGUCCAAAAUGGAGCCACUAGAACUGGAAUCUUUCCGCCUUUCCACAAGGAAUCCAUCCAUAAAUGACAGGCUGACUAUGAAGCAACAGGAGAUGAAAAACAACUGGCUACGACUCCAGGGACAGGCCAAACAAAGGAGGGAGAAGCUGGCAGCCUCGUACCAGUUGCAGAAAUUUAACUUGGAGAUGAAGGAGAUACUAGACUGGGCCCAAAACAUCAGAGCUUUAAUGGAAGCAGGGGGGCUGCCUAAAAGUGCAAAUGAAGCUGAAAGUAUGAUUGAGGAGCAUCAGGAGAGAAAGGAGGAGAUUGAAGCCCGAGUGGAAAGAUUCAACGCUCUCAGUGACUACGGUAGAGAACUUGCCAGUUCUGGUCACUAUGCAACCCCUGAGAUCCACCAGUCCCUCUCCAGACUACAGCAAGCCUGGUCUGAGCUGAUCCAAGCAUGGAAAGAGCAAUACAUAAAAUUGUUCCAGGCACAAGACUUACAGAAAUUCUAUGGCUACGUGGAGCAGAUUGAGAGCUGGCUCAGCAGCAAAGAGGCCUUCCUAGCUAAUGAGGACUUAGGGGACUCAGUGUCUAGUGUGGAGAGCCUGCAGAGGAAACACACACAGUUUGAAAAAGCCCUGGAAGCUCAGAUGGAGAAAAUUGAUGAGAUGGCUUCAUUCGCUCGGCAGCUAACCCAGAACAAGCAUUAUGACUCAGAAAAUAUCAACAACAGAUGCCAGGCUGUCCUGAGGAGAAAACAGAGACUGCUGGAGAGUGCUGCUGCUCGCAGACAUUUGCUAGAGGAAUCAAGGCUUCUGCAGAAGUUCCUGAAGAAUUCUUUUGAGGUGGCUGCCUGGAUUAACGAGAAGAAUAGCAUUGCCCAGGAUGAUAGCUGGAAGGAUCCAAGCAAUCUGCAGACCAAACUGCAGAGGCACCAGGCUUUCCAAGCAGAGAUCAUGGCCAACAGAAAUCACCUGGACUCCAUCAAAUCAGAAGGGGAGAAGAUGCUCCAUGAAAGGCACUAUGCCCCAGAAGCCAUUAUGUCCAGACUACAAGAAAUGGAAGAGCUGUGGGAGGAACUGGUAGCAAGUUGCCAGGAUAAAUGGACCAAGCUGCAGGAUGCUUACAAGGGUCUUCAUUUUCAGCGAAAUGUAGAAGACACAGAGAAAUGGUUGGAAGGUGUGGAAAAUGACCUGAAAGCACCAUAUAGUGACAAUGAUCUGCUGGUUUUGAACAGUCAUCUGAAGAAACAAGAGGAGCUGGAGGAAGACAUUGCUGCCCAUAGGGACCGGCUGCAAGAGCUUGUGGUCACAGCUCAGCAGUUCCAGAGGGAGAAACAUUUCCUUGCUGAUGAACUAGAAGAGAAAGUGGAUGAACUGGUGCAGAGAUACAAAAAGCUGCAUGAUCCUCUGCAGGAGAGGAGGGGAGGUCUGGAGGCAAGCAGACUUCAGUACCAGUUCUUCCGAGAUGUUGAUGAGGAGCUGGCUUGGGCUCGUGAGAAGCUCCCCAUGGCUUCCUCCAAGGAUUAUGGCAAAUCCCUGGUAACCGUUCAGAGUCUACAAGAAAAGCACCAGAGCCUGGAGAAUGAGAUAAACAGUCGGGAUGCUUUGACCAAAGCAGUGAUCAGUACAGGACAGAAACUGGUACGGGGAGGCCACUCUGCCUCUCGGAAGAUUCUGGAGCAUCUGAAGGAGCUUGAGACUUCUGUGGAGACCUUGAAGGCAGAGGCUCAGGAGAGGAGACUGAGGCUUAUGCAGUCCUAUGAGGCCCAUCUGUUCCUAAAUGAGCUGCUGGAGGUGGAGGCAUGGCUGGCAGAGAGGAGUUUCAUUCUGGAGACUUCUGAUUAUGGCAAGAACGAAGAAUCCACACAAGUUUUACUUCGUAAACUUGAAGCUACCAAACUGGACAUGGACAGUUUCAGGCUGCGGAUCGAGAAAGUACAGGCGACAGGAGCCAGCUUAAUAAGCAAAGACAGUCCAGAGAGUUCAGUAAUACUUUCAAAGCUCCAGGGGAUCCUAGCAGACUAUCAGUCUCUCCUACAGAAGUCUGACACCCAGAGAAAACGCCUGCAAGAACAAUUCCAGCUCUAUCAGUUUGAAAGAGAAUUCCAGCUGGUGGAUGCAUGGCUUUCCAGUAAACUGUCUGUAGCAGAGUCUGAUGACUAUGGGCAGGACUUAGAUGAUGUUGAGGUGCUGGAGAAAAAGUUUAAAGAUUUUGUAAAUGAGAUGAAACCUCUGGGACAUUCCAAAGUUGUCUCCUUGAAUGAGUUAGCAUCUAAACUGGAUAAGGAAGGCCACAGCAAGAUGGAUGUUAUCCAGAAGAGAACAAAGCAAGUCAAUGAAAUGUGGGAGGCACUAUGCAAUGCCAUUCAAUUAAGGACAGAGAACCUAAGAGCAGCCCAUCAAGUUCACCAGUACGACCACGAUGUGGAUGAAGUAAAGAGCUGGAUGCAGGAGAAAGAGGCAGUGGUGGAUAUAGAAGAUUAUGGGUAUGAUCUUCCAGGUGUACAGACACUUCUCAGCCAUCUUGAGGGAGUAGAGAGAGAUCUAGGAGUCAUCAUGAAAGAGCUGGAACGGAUUCGAGGAGACGCUUGGCACCUCAGCCGCACAUACCCUGAAGUUAAGGAAAACAUCAUGGACAGACUCACAGAUGUGGAUGAGUGCUGGGAAAACUUGGACAGAAAGUUUCUGGAGAGGAAGGCAAGACUGAGCCAGGCAGAACAAGUCCAGCUCUACUUCAAUGACUGCAGGGAGCUGAUGGCCUGGGCCAACGAGAUGCAUGCUCUGGUGAUAUCUGAGGAACUCAAAAACGAUGUCCUGGGAGCAGAGCUGCUCAUCAAGCGCCAUGAGGAAUACAAGCGGGAGAUAGAGAAGCAGUGGCUGAAAUACGAAGAACUGCAGCGGGCAGGAGGAGACCUGAUGAAGAAUGGACAUUUCAUGUCUGUAGAGAUUGAAGAAAAACUCUUAGAGCUGUCAGAGCUGAUGAAGAAGGUAAAGGAGAGCUGGGACAUGAGGAAAGUGUUAUAUGAAGAAAACUGGGAGAUCCAAUUGCUCCGCAGAGAGCUCGAGCAAGCAGAAGCGUGGCUGGCUGCCAAGGAGAGCUUUCUUUCAGAUCCCUCCUAUGGGGAUUCAGUGUCUGAAGUAGAGGAAUUACUGAAGAAACAUCAUGAUUUUGAGAAGAUGCUUGCAGCACAGGAGGAGAAAUUUGCUCAGCUCAGCAGGAAAACAAAGAGAGAGAUGAAUCUUCUGAAACCAGUGGACACAGAAGAGAGUGAGCAGAAGGAUAAAGGCAAAAUUGUCCGGGUUCCUUCUCUGAGGAGAAAACCGUCCGACAAAAGGAAUGCAGCACCAAAAGUGACAGAGACAAGGAGCACCGCGCCUCUGCUAUCAGUGCCCACACACAGCGUGUCCUGGAGGGUCCCACUUGAAACUGUUUUCUCCCCCAUUGAAAAAUCUCCAACAAGGUUCCAAGAAUUCACUUCCUCAGAAGUCCCUGACGUGCAGAGCAGCAGCAAAGCAGAAACGAAAGCUGAGACAAGGCUCAGUGAGAUCACUCCAGCUACACCAAAGACCCCAGAAGCUGCAUCUUUGGAAAGUCCCAGUUCCUUAGGCUCUCCUCUAUCUCCUACUCCUACAAGCCAGCAACACAGCAGCAGUUUGUCAGAAUCACAAGCAACAGACCACGUAUCUCCUCAGGAAAAAGGUGCUACAGGCUCCUCUUUCUCCAGCCUGCAGACCAAACUAACAGCAACACCACCCGAGCCUGGACAAAGGUCGCUAGAUAACUCACCAAACUUACUGCUGUCUAGCUCCUCUUGGGACAGUUUAAAGAAUACCUCCUCGAUUUCUGCAAGUCUCCAGAACAUGGAGGGAUUCCUAGAGAAGCGAGACCAGCUCCUUCCACGAAGACAACAGCCACACUCAAGGUCUUGGAAAUCCUUCUAUGUAAAACUUGAUGGAUUAAAGCUUGAUUUCUAUAAUGAUGACAAAGAAGCAACUAAGAAUGCAUCCACAGUCCUGUCCCUUGGUAUUUCUGGUGCCAAAUGUGAGAGGCUGGUGAAUUACAGCAGGAAAGAGAACACCUUCAUGCUGCGGCUGAGAGACGGGGCAGAGUAUUUCUUUGCAGCACCUUCUCAGACACUGAUGGAGGAGUGGCUGCAAUCACUGCAGAAUAAUAUAGGACACGGUAACAGAUCCCAAUCUACGGCGAUGGCACAAAGUUUCAUUUCAAGCACAGAGACCUCCCAGAAAAGAGUGUGGGACUUCCCAGACAGGGACUCUGCUGAAAGACUAACCAGCAAAAGCUCUCUCCUGAGGAGAACACCUUCUUUCAAAAUCAAACCAGAGAGAGAGUCUGCAGAAUUUUCCAGAGAUUUUAAGGAAGAUGGACCUACACGAGCCUCAAUCACCACCCUAAGCCUAGAACAAAGUGGAAAUAAAACAAAACUGCUUCCAUCUCUACAAAAAGCAGGAAGAGAAAAAUGACAUUUGCCUCAAUGAAUUCCAGACAAUUAUAACUUAACUCAACCCUCCAGAAAUGUAUUAAUAUGUUUUAAGUUAAUCACUUCCCUAUGAACCUUUAA